AUGGCGUCCAUAAACCUCGUUUAUACGCAGCUCAGCGCACAACAAGCCCUACUCCAAGCACAGGCUAACCAAUCAGCAUUCGUAACUCCACAACCGAGGUCUCUGAGUACAAACACGGCUCAGCAGACAAACGCGUGGAACUUACGUCCAGAAAAAGGACCAGUACAAAAUGUAAGAAGACUCAGCGUGCACGACACGCACGACACGUAUGCUGAAACAGAAAGCAACUUCGUGCAAAACUCCAAUCUACAACGAAGGCCGAUCCAAACUCGUUUGGGCGCGCGCAACAUGAAUACAGAAUGGGACGACGAAGAAGACGACCCAACGAGGGAAGAGUCCACGGUGUUUAGCAGACUCCACCCGGAACACGAAGCAUACAAACCAACCAAGCGCGCGGGGUACAACCCAAAAGCAGAACAUGAUUACACCCUGAGCUAUCGUCCUGAGGACAUGGCUGAAAAUUCAAAAUUCAUCCGAGAAAUCGCCUGCGCCGCCAUUGACAAAACGAAAUUACCACACAACGUGGGUAAAUACAACGGGCUGACGGACCCAGAUGAUCACCUCCAGGUGUUUAAGGGGGCAGGAGCAACAGGUGGAUGGAACUUACCAACGUGGUGCCACCUGUUCGCCCAGACAUUCGUCGGCGCAGCGCGCAUUUGGUUCGACAAUUUACCAGCAGGUAAAAUCAAGUCAUGGGUCGAUUUCCGAGAGAAGUUCCUAGCACACUUCUCUCAGCAGAGAAGACAAGCCAGAGAUCCCGGCGACUGUUUAAACAUAUGGAGAAAAGACUACGAAAGCGUAGAAGAUUUCAUUACAAGGUACAACAAAGAAUGUUUAGAGAUCGGAGAUAUACCAGAAAAGAUGAUGCGCGCACACUUCAUGAGGGCGGUCAAGUGUGACGACUUGGUUAAAAGAAUCAAAGGGCGAGACGGAGGACCCAAAGAUUGGGAAACCUUCAUAGAAGCAGCCAAAACCAUUGCACAGACAGACAGGCAGUUGACCGGUGACGACCACCGUCAGCGCGCGCACAACCAUAAUGAUCGACACAACAGGAGAGGCAGAAAUCAACCCUGGAAGGCUUCUGGGCACAGAGAAAGAAGUCCUCCAAGGGAAGACGCACGCCAUACGAUCAACCAGAUAGCCCAUCGAAAAGAAAUGCGCAACAAGAGGGGUCAAGACCCAAAUCUCUUCUGUGAAUUCCACAAUGAUACGGGUCAUUUAACCGAUGAUUGCUUUAGCCUAAAGCAAGAAAUCGAAAGAGCCCUAAGAGACGGAAAGCUCACUCAUUUAGUCAAGGGCGGAAAGCGCGAUUACCGCCAGAUACAAAGAAUAGAUGAAGGGUCAGACAAUAAGAAGCUCAGAAAGCUAGAAACCCACAUGGUGCAGGGAGGUCAACGAAGACCGAGAAAAAACUACAACAAGCGCGCGCAGGAUGAUUCAUGGCGCGAGAAACAAGUUAUUUUCCCAGUUGUUAGAGGGGGUCCAAGAGAAAAGCGACCGAUAGUCAUUCCAGGUGUGAUCGGCCACUACCAGACAGACUACAUCUUCAUUGAUCCUGGGAGCACCGCGGAUAUCAUAUAUGAACAAUGCUUCAACCAAUUUGAUCAAGAGGACAAGGCGCGCUUAGAGCCAGUUGAUUAUCCACUAACUGGUUUUUGCAACGAAGCCGUCUUUCCCCUAGGACAAAUAUCAUUCCCGGUGUUGCUUUCAGACGGAAGAAAUUCAAAGACUGAAGAAGUCACAUUCAUGGUACUUCCGGCGCACUCAAGACAUGACAUCCUCCUAGGAAGAGAAUCACAAGGAGAUUUCAGUAUGAUCUGUUCUGCACCACAUUCUGCCGUAGGAUUCCAACCGAAACAGGCAUCGCGUUGA